UUUAUCGCGGGUGAAGUUGCCCUGUCCGGUCACUCACAACAGCAUGCGCGUCUUCAUACAUGUGCCAGCUCUCCCACGUCACUUUUAACGUACUUACCCACGCGCACUGGACUUUUUCAACAACAGAGACAUUUUGCAGGUGAGGAUAUCCAAUGGUGGACCUCGCAAGAAACAGGCCCCGUCAAUCAUUCAUCAAAAGUCACCUCGCAUCGAUGGAUUCUAGGUCAUCCUGAAAUAGAGCACUAUCCGUCCGAAAACUACCCUCACAGGACUCUGAAAUCCGGUGCGCGCAGUUUCCGGAGAUGUAGGUGCCCAAACUGCCAAAAGACUCCCGAGGAACCGGGCAGGAGAAAACACGUGUGUCACGUGGCUGGCUGCGGUAGAGUGUGAGGCGCGUGCAGCUGGAUGUUUUGCGUUAAGAGAUUCACGCGCUCGGAUGAGCUCCAGAGACACGUGCACACGCACACCGGAGAGAAGCGCUUUGCAUGUCCUGACUGCACAAAACGUUUCAUGCGCAGCGAUCAUCGUGCCAAACAUGUGAAGACGCACCUAGAAGAAGAACUGGAUCACAUGACACUUCAUGCUGGAAUGAAUUUUGAACAAAACAACAGUCAACACAGGCUGUUUAAUAUAAACUUAUAA